AUGGCACAGCACGAGACCACGACUGUCGCUCUGAGUCUGGGAGAGCUUGGUAUCAAGAAUGACUGCAAGGUGUUUCACAAUUUAACGUAUGAGCAGCUGGCAGACCAUGAGAAGCAGUACAAUGAAGGCUCAUUUGUGGCCAACGGCACGUUCGCCGUGGACACGGGCAAGUUUACAGGCCGGUCACCCAAGGACAAGUUUAUUGUCAAGCAAGAACCGUCGCAGGACAAUGUCUGGUGGGGUUCAAUCAAUCAACCCACGACGGCCGAGGUGUUUGACGUUCUGUACGCCAAGGCGGCCAAGCACUUUAGCUCCGUGGACCGUAUGUACGUCUUUGACGGGCAUUGUGGUGUGAAUGAAAAGUCACGCCUGAAUGUGCGCAUUGUGACGGAGCUCGCAUGGCAGCACCACUUUGUGACCAACAUGUUUAUCCGGCCAGAGUUUUCUAAUGUGGCGGAGAACUUUAUGGCUGACUUCACGGUCAUUAACGCGUGCAACAUUGUGGACGAAGACUGGGAAGCGCACGGUCUGAACUCGGAGGUGUUUGUGAUUUUCAACAUUGAGAAGCACAUGGCCAUUAUUGGUGGUACAUUCUACGGCGGUGAGAUGAAGAAGGGCAUCUUUAGCAUGAUGAACUACUACCUGCCGCUGAACGGUGUGAUGGCCAUGCACGCGUCGGCCAACAUUGGCAAGGCGGGUGACACGGCCAUCUUCUUUGGCCUGUCGGGCACGGGCAAGACGACGCUGUCGGCUGACCCGAAACGGGAACUGAUCGGGGACGACGAGCACGGCUGGGACAACGAGGGCGUGUUUAACUUUGAGGGCGGCUGUUACGCCAAGACCAUUGACCUGAGCAAGGAGAAUGAGCCGGACAUUUUCAACGCCAUCCAACCGAACGCUAUGCUGGAGAAUGUGUGGAUCGACACGAACAACGAGCCAGACUAUUUCAACUCGAGCAAGACGGAGAACGGUCGCGUGUCGUACCCGAUCUACCACAUCCCGCACCACCAGCCGAACUCGCGCGGCAACCACCCGAACGCCGUGAUCUUCCUGACAUGUGACGCGUACGGCGUACUGCCGCCCGUGUCGAAGCUGUCUGCUGGCCAGGCACAGUACCACUUUCUAUCGGGCUACACGGCCAAGGUGGCAGGCACGGAGCGCGGCAUCACGGAGCCGCAGGCCACGUUCUCGACGUGCUUUGGCGCAGCGUUCAUGACAUUGCACCCGACCAAGUACGCUGACCUGCUGAAGACGAAGCUGCAGCAGCACAACACAGACGUGUACUUAAUCAACACUGGCUGGACGGGUGGUGUGUACGGUGUGGGCAAGCGCAUGAAGCUGCCGUUUACGCGCAACUGCGUGGACGCAGUGCUGGACGGCAGCAUUAACGAGGCAUCGUUCGUGAAGGACCCGCUGUUUGGCUUUGAGAUCCCGACGACAGUGAAGGGUGUGCCAUCGGAGAUUCUGAACCCAAAGGACUCGUGGACGGAUAAAGCGGCGUUUAAUGAGACAGCGCUCAAGCUGGCCAAGUCGUUCAAGGAGAACUUCAAGCAGUUCAUUUUGCCAGGCAACGACCUGUCGGUGUAUGGCCCGAACGUAUAA